GCAGUCCUCUGGUGUCAACCCAUACCAUGGAUGCGGAUGCUCUACAGAAACUUAUUCAUUUGCUCCAGGCCACAGAUGAUCCAUUAAUUCAAGAGCAAGCUUUAAUCACUCUCAGCAACAGUGCUGCCUUCUCUGUAAAUCAAGAUAUAAUCCGAAAUUUGGAUGGCCUUUCUGUUAUUGGAGGGAUGCUCUCAGAUUGCGUUCCCAAAGUUAAAGAAAAAGCACUAAAUGCAUUUAAUAAUUUGAGUAUGAAUAUUAAAAAUCAGGAGGAGAUACAGGUAUAUAUUACGCAAGUUUGUAGGAACGUUGAGUCAGCUCCCCUGAACUCUGAUCUGCAGCUAGCUGGACUCAGGUUGUUGACAAAUAUGUCUGUUACCAGUGACUACCACCAUAAGAUGAUAAACUCAAUUCCAUGCUUUCUUCAUUUGCUUUCAGAAGGAACUGAAAGGACACAGAUUCAGGUUUUGAAAGUACUUGUGAACUUAUCUGCAAACCCAGCCAUGACAGGACAUCUUCUCAGAGCUCAAGUGCCAUCAUUGCUGUUACUUUUUGACACCUGUAUAAACAGAGAUAUUCUGCUUAGAGGCCUGGCAUUUGCAGCAAACUUGAAAAAGAACAUGAACAAUGAAGAUGGCACCAUGAUUCAGGACCAAUACAGUGAAGAUUCAAUUUUCUUUACACUCUGCAGGGACUCUACCCCAUUCGCUCAGAAACUGGCAUCUUUAUUGCAUCACCCCGAUACAGAAGUGAAAGAGCAAGUUGUGAAAAUAUUAACACAAUAGUAAUUUUUGUAAAAAAAGACUGACCUGAUGAAAAAUCUAAUCUUAAGAAUGCUAUGCUAAAAAAACCCCAGCAAACAAAAAGACAACCAAAAAAAUUACUGAAUACUACUGUAUUACUAGGCACAAAUCAGUUACUACACGAGAGAAUGCAAUGUAUUUAAUAUAGAGAGCGAGGAAUAGUUCAAAACAUGAAAACUUUCAUACGUACAGUGAACGUUCUAAAUGGAUGGGUAAAGUCAAUUGAAAUAUUCUUCUCAAUGUCAAAAUUUUUGUUGCCUUAAAUAUUUACAGCUGUUGAAUAAACACCUCUAUAGAAUGGUGCAUUAAAGAUUUAGGAAUUAGCGAUUAGGCAUUUACAUUUUAUUAAUCUGAUAUCUACUAAAUAGGUGCAGCCAAAUCUUAGAAAAUAAUAAAUAAAAACAAUACCAGACUGCCAUUGGCUUCCUACAAAAUCAGUAUUUUCAAUGAAAGCUGCAUAUUAAAGUUACCCAGCCCAUGUUUUUUUACCUUACCUGCACAGAAUGUAUUCUAAAACUACAUUCUCGUAUGCUUAGUAUAUCCAUUCCAUUUAGCCAAACUGCAGCGGAGUUAACCACAACCAUGCAAGGUUUCCACACUUGAAAAAAAUCAAAAGGAUUUUAUCUUGCUUUAAAUUGUCAUUUUAAGGAAAGCACACAUUUUUCAAAAUAUUUUAUUAUGAGUCAAAGAUUAUCUGCAGCUGCAAUUCAACAUUCUCAUCUUUAUAAAAAGUCUACAAAAGCAGUUUCUUACGUAUUUUUACAAAAGCUUCCUGUUCUGCAGCAGCCCUCGAGCCCACUUUCCUUGGAGAGCUUUAAACCUUUUUCUCUGCAACUGGCAUGUCAUCGGAGUAAGUGCUUCUGUUGAGUUAGCCCCCAUAAAGUUUUAGACAUCAGUGCAGCGUUAAUUCAAAAUGCACAGGAAUACAUAUAAACAUCAUUGUAAAAGAACCUGCAGGAAGUUUCACUGAUGAACAUAAAACGUAGUAGAAAACAGAGUAAAACGAGACUACUAAAACUUCCUGAACACCACAUUAUAGAGACAGUAAAAAAAGCAUCAGAUGUGGAGGCUAGAAAAGAAGUUUUCCACCUUGUACCAUUUUUAAGAGAGCUGUAUUACCUAAACUGUUACCACAUGCUUCAUCUUUCUCAGUUAAUAUACCCACUCUGCUCUUAAUAAAAUAUUGCCCUCUUCUCCUGUAAUUCAAUAUAUUUUUUAUUUUCGGUAGGCAACUUUGCAAAUAGCUAAAACUGCAAGAAAAAUGUGACCUUGAAAAUACAACAUAUCUAUGCCCUGAUCAAUACAGGGGUAAAGCUACAUGUAUCUAAUUUAUUAUCUACAUAGGUAGUUUUAACUCCUCAGGAAUACAAUUAAGGCAGAAAUAGAAGUUGGCAUGAUUCCCAGUCAGAACCCUGACAAUCGCUGCAUUGACAGUGAACUUCCUUUUCUCCUUCCCGCUGCUCCAGAAACACUCUUCAUGUUGUAAUAAGCAAAUUACAUUACAAUCACUUAAUGUUUUGCCACUUUUCGUAGCUUUUUUUUUUCUUCAUUUUUUUCUGCUUCUGUAUUUAACAAAGAAAAAUAAAGGCUAGGUCAGACACUAAGAAUUUACCAAUCCCACCUUUCUCUUCUGACACAAGAACUGAGACUAGUCUGUUCUAGGUAUAUCUGAGAUAGAUAUAUAUAUUUAUGUUUUCUUAAGCUCAGCAAUGGAGAUGUCUAGAUGUCCCUCUCCAUGUUCUCCAACCUAAAAAUAAGUUUUUCAAACAUCAUCUUUUUGAUAAGUAAAGUUGAUCUCUUAUCCUUUGCUUUGAUAGCUGACAGAAACAAGUGACCAUUCUCCCCUUUUCUAAAAAUACAUGAAAACUUGUUACAGUGUUGUCUCAGUCUUCCUUUUCUGGUCUAGAAAGAGCUAUUUUUAAAUGCUUUCUUCAUAGAACAAUGCUGUUGAGAAGUUUUGAAGUCAUGCAAGACCCUCCAAAGUGUCUUCACACAAGUGUGUCUAAUUUUUUUUAUCCCCCACCCCACACCCUAGACGGAAUCUUACCAGCACCAAGCAAAGCGUAACAGUCACCGUUCUACAUACAAAUGCUGUGAAUUAAUAGAUCCAAACCAAAAUGUAUGCCAUUACUGACAUGUAGUCUCUGGUCCUUGUAAGUCAGUACUUCUCUGCUAUGCGGCUGUUUAUCUAGGUAUUCUGUAUUUUAGUUUCAUUCUUUCUUUCUAAAGUACAGAAUUUUACAGAAUAGUCUAUUGAUUUUGAAAACUGAAGAAACCCCAAGCUGAAUUUUAACCAUGUCCUUCAAAGUACUCAAAACAUCCUGCAGCUUGAUGUCCUCCACAAUAUUAUGAACAUGUAAUAUGCAUUAUGUUAUCCAAAUCGUUAUUGAAGCUGUUUUGUAAAUAUGAGGCCCAACAGAGACUUCAUCUGAAAUACCCUCCCCAAAUCAAUACUGAACAACUGAGAGUAGUUUUAAACCAGUUUUGAACACAUUCUGGUGAAUACAUCUAGACCCUACUAGAAUUACCUUUUCAAAGAAAGAAUCUUGAUGUUUGUCAAAUAUGAAUCCCACCAAAGGAAUAUAAGCUACUUUUUCUUGCAUACAAGUGUAAUCCUCUGUUCCAGAACUUCCUCAGCAUGAACUUGGACUAACUGAUCUUUGCUUCCUUGUGCUGUUCUCUGUUGGUAUUAAGAUCUUUAAGACCUCUAGGACUUCCUGAUACAAAUUUUUAAAAGGUAACUGUCAACAGUUAAAAGAUUACUUGUUUGCUCCUAGCAUGAAAUCUCAUUAACUGGUUUUAAUCAGUUGCCAGAAGUUCAUGUCUUUAAAUUGCAGGGGAAUAAUGUGUCUUUUUUUAUUUAUCUUCAUGGAAUAUGAACAUAAAAUGUAACGCACAGCAAGAGCAAAAAAAUACACAUAUCCCACAGACCAAAACAAAUCAUGAACAAAAAAAUGAUUUGCCAAUGAAUUAUAAAGGAGGAUAACAACCCAUUUUAUUGGCAACAAUAGGCUUUAAUUCUGUAAAUUGGCAUGGCCAUUUGAUACAGAUACAUUUAGCCAAGUUUUACAAUACUGAACAAUGUUGUAAUCUCUCAUUCAACUUCUAAAUUACAGGGAAGCUAUAAGAAAAAAAUACCGCAGCCCUUGCUUAAGACUUUUCACUUAAAAAAAAAAAAAGUACUUAAUAAUAAGCUGAGUCAA